UUUGAUCAACCACGUAUAAAACCCAAGAGAUGCAGCUCUUCCACAGUAUUCUCAGUCGCUCACUCUCCUUCCUCACCGAAUAGUCUAAUUCGUAUCCAACGACACCGGAAAUCAUGAAGUCUGCUCUUCUCUUCCUACUGGCGCCUCUGGUCGCCUGGGCUGCCCCCACCGAGCUCACCGAGCGACAGGCCGCAGAUAGCAUCGACCAGCUGAUCAAGGCCAAGGGAAAGCGAUACUAUGGAACUUGCACAGACCAAAACCGUUUGUCGACAGGCAAAUCUGCCGAUGUCAUCAAGGGAAAUUUCGGCCAGGUUACCCCCGAGAAUAGCAUGAAGUGGGAUGCCACCGAGUCGUCCGAGGGGAAUUUCAACUUUGGGACGGCGGAUUACCUCGUAGAUUGGGCCACCACGAACAACAAGACCAUCCGUGGCCACACUCUAUGCUGGCAUUCGCAGUUACCGGGGUGGGUAUCGAACAUUAGAGACAAGACAAAGUUGACCCAGGUCCUCGAGAACCACGUUACCACCCUAGUGACGCGAUACAAGGGCAAGAUCUACGCCUGGGACGUCGUGAACGAAAUCUUCAACGAGGAUGGCUCCCUUCGCAAUUCUGUCUUCUCCAGUGUUCUUGGCGAGGACUUCGUCCGCAUUGCUUUCGAGGCCGCGCGAAAGGCCGACCCUGAUGCCAAGCUGUACAUCAACGAUUACAACCUCGACCAGCCGACCGCCGCGAAGGUUACCACGGGAAUGAUCAACCACGUCAAGAAGUGGAUCGCAGCCGGCGUACCCAUCGACGGCAUCGGAUCGCAAGCCCACUUAACUCCCGGUCUCGCCAACCAGGCCGGCGCAACCAUUAAGGCGCUAGCCGCUGCCGGCGUCAGCGAGGUUGCCUUUACCGAAGUCGACAUCCAAACCGCGCCCGCCAACGACUACGCCGCCGUCACCAAGGCCUGUCUCGACGAGCCCAAGUGCGUCGGUAUCACUGUCUGGGGUGUUCGGGAUCCCGACUCCUGGAGAGCUAGCAGCAGCCCCCUGCUAUUCGACAGCAGCUUUAACCCCAAACCUGCCUACACCGCUGUCGUCAAUGCGCUGAAAUAAGUGAUAUCUUCAAGGACAUUCCCGGAAAGACUAAGGAAACCGGGCGAAGAAACUUCGGGGCCUGUCAAGAUUAAGCCGUGAUCUAACUGUAUAUAUCAAUAUGGAUUGCAAAGGCUAUAUAUAUAAUCAUAUUACCCACCACGUGGCGAAGGCCGUGUGGUACAUAUAUUCACUAACGUCCAAGGUAUCAUCAUAUUGAUAAAAGUGCCCUGAAAAUUAGUAGAUUCAUCCAAGCAUGUGAUCUUAUGGCUAGGGUUAUUCGUUAGCAUCGUAA